GAUUCGUUAACAGAUUCAGGAGUUCGCGUACGGAUUUGUGAUAUUACUGCUUUCUUCGGAGUUACCGAGAAUGAACGUGAAUGCAGUUGUUAAAUGCAUGAAGUACAUCUUUUUAGUUGGUGUCCUAGUUGGCGUCAGUAAGGGGAUUCACGUUUUUAUGAAUCGACCUGUCUGCAAUAGUGUUCAUAUUUGAAUAUGCUUUGAAAGAUCGGAUUGUGAGCUUGGUUGUGUAUAGUGUUAAUAUUUGACUGAAGCUGUUCAAUGGUCGCAGUGUUGUUUUCAGUAUUAUCUGCUUGGACACAACCGUAGAUAAGUUGUUAUUGCUUCUGUAUUACCAACUGAAUUAGUGUCUCAGAUGUUGGAAUACCUGGACAGCAUAUUUUCAUUAUUUGAGUGAAUUUUAUUGCAAGCAGUUGUUGAUGCAACAGUGGAGAGUGAUGACAGUUUCAUGCGAGUGUUUGUCAAUAAGAGGUGCGUAAGAGUGCAGUGUUUCUUAUUGUUAGUGUCCACGACGUAUUCUUUAAACCAUGUUUGCGAACGACAUCGUAAAAGAUUUCUUCCACGCGGCAGUGACAACCGGCAACUUGCAAGCUGUCAGAGAAAUGCUGGCGAAAGGAGCAGACAUCGAAGCCGCCGAUUCUUUCAAGUUACGACCGGUCCAUAUUGCUGUGGGGCACGGCCAUUUGGACAUUCUUAAAGCGCUUAUCGCAAGGGGCUGUAAUGUAAAUUCACGUGCAUCUUGCCCUUCUCCGAUUUUAAAAAGGGUCGAGCAGCGUUUGACGCCACUACAUUUUGCAGCUGAAUGUGCUGACCCAAACUUCGCGGUCACUUUGAUCCGUGCUGGAGCUUGUGUAAACGCCAAGAGUAGUUCCAAUGUGUCGCCACUGCACCUUGCAGCACAACACGGUCAUUUGCCUAUAGUGAAGGCACUAGUUUCUGCUAAUGCUGAAAUGAAUGCCGAGGACGACAGAAAAUUCACUCCUUUACUUUACGCCGUGGAGAACAAUUUCGAAGACGUAGCAAAAUUUCUUGUACAGAGCGGUGCUGUUGUAAAUACUAGAAAUUCGGACCGCGCGACGCCGUUGCAUUUCGCAGCAGAGAAGGGAAAUGUUAACAUAACAAAGUUGUUGAUCGAGAACAGUGCCGCUAUUAAUGUAAAGAGUCGGCGAAGCUUUACUCCGUUGCAUGUGGCCAUACAAAACAGGCAUGCCGCAGCAAGUCAGCUUUUGAUUGACAGUGGAGCAGAUGUGAAUGCGAGAAAUACCGAAGGAUGGACCCCUUUGCAUAAUGCAGCAUACAGUGGCUACCCAGCGGAAACCGCAAGACGUUUGAUUGCAAAAGGUGCUAGCGUGAAUGCCAAAGACAGGCUUGGAUUAGCACCAUUGCACCUUGCUGCAGAUACAGAUUUCGCUGACAUAGUAAACAUCCUGAUCGAAAACAAAGCUGACGUUAAUGUCACUGACGAUCGAAUGUGUACACCACUGCAUAGCUCGGCUGGCAAGGGCAGCUUGGAUACCAUAAAAGUUCUUAUUGCUAGUGGCGCUACAGUUGAUGCGAGGUCUCAGUACCAAGCUACGCCAUUGCAUUUUGCAGCAAACUACUGGCAUGUCGAGGUAGUUAAAUAUCUGUUGGCAAAAGGAGCCGCAGUUAAUGCAACUGAUCACACAAACUGCACGCCACUUCACUUAGCAGCAGACGAGCUUUCCGCCCACCGCAGUUCGGGGGCACAGCCACAGGAUUCUAAAUUGAAUACCGUAAAAGCUCUAAUUGAAAACGGAGCAGAUAUGAACGCAAAGGAAAGCAACGGUGAGACAGCUCUGCACAUAGCUGCAAAGUAUGGAGAUUCAGUCGUAGCUAAAUGCCUGUUAGAGAAUGGUGCAUAUUAUGACGUGAAGGCCAAAUCUUAUUCUGGUAACGUUACCGUUUCAGACUUUGCCGCGGCGAGUAGAAACGAGAGUAUAAAUGCGUUAUUGCGUGCUACUGAGGAGCUGUUUCACGCUGUGAAAAUAUCCAAGUGUGCUGAAAUAGAAAAAUGUCUACAAGAAGGGGCAUCAGUCAACAGCAGAAGUAUCAAGUAUGGAACACCACUUAUGUAUGCAUCUUGGAAAGGUCAUUUAGCCGUUGUUAAUUUUCUGCUAAAAAAUGGGGCCAGUAUCAAUCUAAGCAACAGUAAUGGCAUUACUGCACUACAUUAUGCAGCAAAAUUCGGGCAUUAUGAAAUAUUGUGUGUGUUAUUACAACAUGGUGCUGUAUACAAUGCAAGAACCAAAACAGGUAAGAAAACGCCACUACAUUUCGCUCAAGAAGGAGGGGGAAAAGAACUUAUAGAGACACUAGAACUGAUCGAAUGUGUAUUUGCCAGAAUAAACAAUAAGGAUAACAUAGUGCUGAAGGAGUUAAACGAAUUAAAGGACAAAAAAUAUGCCGAAUUUCUUGCCAUAAAAAACUGCAAAAAUGUAAAUGGUGAAACCCUGACACAAAUAGCUUCAAAAAACGGAUGUGGGGAACUUCGUAAAGUGUUCAGUGAUUUGUAAUAGAACGGUUGUUUAUUAUCCAUCUAUACCAGUACCGGUAAUAGUUUCAGAAAAGAAACUGAAAUUAUACAACAUAAUGUUAAUUUGCUGAGAUUUUGUAUGCUGUGAAAGAAUAUUUUGUUGUUUUAAUUAACAAAAUAACGACUGUCAACUGAAAAUAAAAUUGCUUGACAGGGUAAUUGCAAUCUACGCACAUUUGAGGUGUUUAAAUGGUUAUCAUGUAUUUCAUUCUACUGAUAGUUCACUGGUAAAAAAUAAAAUUAGGUUCCCCCCUGUAGCAUUUCUUACGAGAUUAUUGUGAAUACCCCCAUGCAUCAGUACUCAAGCUUUCUUUAACGUAAAACUUUUCAGAAGUUUCAAAGCAUUUGUGUAAAUUUUCAUAAAAUAGAUGCAUUUAUUUGGGAACUGAUACAAUUGUGCCUGCUAUU